AUGGAUUCCAUCAUGGAUAAACUGGACGCCAUCGCGCUCAAUUCCGACUUGAAACCCCUCCUCACACUCCUCAAAGCCGCUCGCAAUGGCGCUGUGUAUGGCACGAAAGUCCGGUUCCCGCAUGCUUUAGUAUUCCGCGAAAAAGUAAAACUCGUCCUCAAAGCAACCCGACAACAUGCUUCGAACCUCGCCAGAUUCGCCGUUAUAUACAAGAGCACAAUGUUUGCUAUGAAAUAUUUAAAUCCCACGGGGCCAAAAGAGGGUCCCUAUGACACGUUUUUUGCCGGCCUGCUUGGUGGAUACGUUGUCUUUGGCAGAAAUCCAGGUAGUGUCAGCCAGCAGAUUGUGAUCUACGUCUUCGCUCGAGUCGUUCUAGCUCUGGCGAGUCUUUCCGUCCAGCCGAACAUGCACCCUCUAUCCUCCCUCGUCACACCCGAAGCUCGCGCAGUGAUACAAGAGAAUGCGUGGCCAGCGUUUGCCAGUUUAAGUUGGGCAGCUGUCAUGUAUGUGUUCAGAUGGCAUCCGGAGUCAAUUGUCAAUAGUCUGAGGAGUAGCAUGACAUACAUGUAA